CACACAAGGUGCUAUUUACCGGGGGUAUUUCCUCCCCUCUGGUCUAUGCAUCCCUGCCACUGCUGAAUUAUAUUUAUCUACGGUGGGGAUAAAAAACAUCCCACGAACAGAGCUUAAGUCCCAAUCUGAAUCAAGUGAUUUGUGAUACAUGCUUUAAAGUCCCAAUCUGAAUCAAGUGAUUCGUGAUACGUGCUUUGAAGUCCUGAUCUGAAUCAAGUGAUUCGCGAUACGAUUGGAGUGCUUCAAAACAGUGAAUCAUUUUGUGACGCAAUGGUUUAACGGAUUCAGAGUUUUAAAAAGCUCUGUUGAUACUGUAAAUGUUCUUUGCUCACUUUCUUAUAUAAUUUAUUAGGGAUGCACUGAUAGGAUUUUUUUGUGACCGAUACCGAUUUUAACAAACACUUAUUGACAGAUACCAAUAUUUGUCACUUUCUCUCUUAUUUGAGAUUUUGCCAUCAAAAUAGAUCGUAUUUUGAUCAUGUUUUAAAUUAGCAAAGUUCAAAAACAACUGCAUUAAAUUAUACUAGCAGUUUUAUUGCUGCAUCAUCAAAAAAAUUUCUAAUGAACAUGGAUUGGAUCCAUUUAACAUUCAGCAGGCCUACAUAAAUACAACAUAAAGAUACAUAUUAAAUAUGUAUCAUCAUCAUUUAGAUGAGGUCCGUUACACUUAUGAAAGUUACAAAAGUUAUUUAGUCGACAACAGUGUGCGAUCUUUUGUCUUUUGUUAUUUGAUUAGCAUUAAAGUGCAGACAGCAGCUCUAGAAUUAUGCAACAGACAUUAUACAGCUCAGUGCCUUCACGCAGUUAAUUAAUAAACAUCUGGUUUGUUAAAUCGGUCUUUUUCCUUAUAUAGCCGAUAUGCUGAUGUUUGUAAAUUGAGGGAAAAAUAGGCCGAUAAAUAUCGGUGGCCGAUACAUUGGUGCAUCCCUAUAAUUAAUUUGUUGUUUGAAUAACUGUGUUAAUUAAAUAAUUAAUCGGCUUAAUAUUUUUAUUAAAUUGUGAUUGCGUUAAUUAGCCCACAGUUUCCAUCUUAUUAAAAACAUUUCAUUACAUGACACACAUUAUCUGGUACUUGUCUAAAAAUAUGGGUUUAUGAUGUACUUUGUUAACGGAUUACACUAACAUUAGGUUACUUUAAAGCCUUACUCUGGAGUUGGGUCAACCUUCGCCUAUGGAGAGAGAAAAAAAGUUUUCAAAAUAAAAACAGCAGAUUUCUAAAUUCUUUGGAAAGGAAAGCAACAACUAGUAAAAUCUACUUGAAUAGAUAAUGGACAACUGGAAUAACUAAUAGCUCUAAUAAAUAGUUCAAGAGAAAAAGACUUACAACUGAAUGACGUAGUUUUAACUGAAAAAAUAAGUAGGCUGUUAUUAGUAACAUAACAGAUACUAUGUUAAUACGGCUUGCCAUAACACAGACCCAUGCUGGGGUGCGACACAUGUGAAGUGUUCUGUAUUCUAAAUAGAUUCUUCUGUAUUCUAUUGCAAAAAUGGACACUGGCAUUUGUUGAUCGCUAAAAUACCUAAUCUUUAUAUAUUCUGUUUAAGAUGAUGAGCGUCUGUACAGUUGCCUAUUUGCUCCUUAUAAAUGAUGAUUGAUUGAACCAUACUCAUUGUGCUGCUUAAUACAUCAGCUUUAUGGCGUUGAUGCACCAUCUGCCUGCACGGUCUCAGGUCUCGGCACCUGAUGGCAAAGUUUCGGGUGUUUUUCACAUUCAUUUCUCCAGACGCGUCAUUAAUCCACCAUCCCCAAAAUCCGCAACAAUUUGUGAGAGGUUUCUGUGAUUUUAGACGUGUGAGCAAUAAAUACAACAGCACGUGUACUGGGCGGUCACGGCCACACGGUGUUCACGUGGCUGCGGACCAACACAACGCAGCGCUGGCGAAGGCUCCCGCAAUAUCUCGACGCCGAUUUCAUCGACAACCUCGCAGCCAUGGACCUUGAAGUGGAAUCAGCAGACGUGAUUCGUCUGAUCAUGCAAUACCUGAAGGAAAAUAAUUUGCAUCGCACUCUGGCGAUGCUUCAAGAGGAGACAGCAGUCUCGCUCCACACAGUCGACAGCAUCGAAAGCUUCAUCUCCGAUAUCAACAACGGGCAGUGGGAUAUAGUGCUGCUAGCAAUCCAGUAUCUGAAGCUUCCUGACAAGCUGCUCAUUGACCUGUACGAACAGAUUGUGCUGGAGUUGAUUGAGUUGGGUGAGCUGGGAGCUGCUCAAUGUUUACUAAAGCAAACCGAUCCCAUGAUCAUGCUGAAGCACACUCAACCUGAGCGCUACUCACACCUGGACACCCUUCUCACAAAACCAAUUUUUGACUCACAAGAAGCAUAUCCAGUGGGCAGCAGUAAAGAGAAGCGCAGGCUGGCUAUCGCUCAAGCUUUUGCAGGAGAGGUCUGUUUGGUGCCACCUUCUCGUCUCAUGGCUCUUCUGGGCCAGGGCCGUAUAUGUGAGGGGGCUUUAUACAGGUUACAGGAAACCAAAGCACUAAGGCAGUUUGGCUCAUUAGCAAUGCUGUCAUUGAAGUGGCAGCAGCACCAGGGCCUUUUACCUCCAGGUAUGUCUUUGGAACUGUUCCGGGGCAAAGGUGCAUUGAAGGACAUGGAGGAAGAGCGCUUCCCUACUCAGCUCAGUCGCCUCAUAAAGUUUGGGCCAAAGUCCCAUGUAGAGUGUGCGCGAUUCUCUCCUGAUGGACAGUACUUGAUUACUGGAUCUGUUGAUGGUUUCAUUGAAGUCUGGAACUUCACUGCUGGUAAAAUUCAGAAGGAUCUGAAGUACCAAGCUCAGGAUAAUUUCAUGAUGAUGGAUGAGGCUGUUCUGUGUCUGGCAGUAAGUCACGACUCUGACAUGAUCGCCUCUGGAGCUCAGGAUGGAAAGAUACAGGUUUGGAGGAUUCUGAACGGGACGUGUCUGAAUAGAAUAGAACGAGCCCACAGCAAAGCAGUCACCUGUGUCUGCUUCAACAAGGACAGCAGUCAACUAUUAAGUGCCUCUUUUGACCAGAUCAUCAGGCUUCAUGGUUUGAAAUCAGGAAAGAUGCUGAAGGAGUUUAGAGGCCAUACAGCUCAUAUAAAUGACGUCAUCUUCUCACACGAUGGCCAGCAUGUCAUCAGCGCGUCAGCAGAUGGCACAGUAAAGGUCUGGAGCAUGAAGACAAUGGAUUGCACCCACACAAUAAAAACCCCUGACAUUCCUGAGGGUACAGACAUCACUGUGAACAAUGUUGUGCUUGUCCCAAAGACUCCCGAGCACUUUGUAGUGUGCAAUAGGACCAACACGGUUGUUGUUACAAACAUUCAUGGCCAGGUGAUGAGGAGUUUCUGUUCAGGUGUAAGAGAGGGGGCAGACUUUGUUUGCUGCACGUUGUCCCCACGUGGAGAGUGGAUUUAUUGUGUGGGAGAAGACUAUGUGCUGUACUGCUUCAGCACCAUCACUGGCAAGCUAGAGAGAACCCUCACGGUACAUGAAAAAGAUGUGAUCGGCAUAACUCACCACCCCCAUCAGAAUCUCAUCGCCACUUACAGCGAGGAUGGCCUACUCAAACUCUGGAAGCCUUGAGUCUCGUCUUUCAUAAUAUGGACUUGUAUUUUAUGUUCUGGAUUUGUGGUAUUCCUGCACACACACAUAUGUCUCUGCCUUUAUACAUCUGCUAUGACAUUGGUCUUCCAUUUAAAGCACUCAAAAACGUUCAUGUUUUUGUUGAACCUUAGCAUCAUGCACUGAGAUGAAGGACCUCUUCGACAUCUGAAACUAACUACAUCCAAUUUUGUAAAACUAACGUUCCUCUGAAGCCUCUAAUGGAAAACAAGAAAAACUGCAUGGAUGUACUGGUUUUUUACUAUUAUUAAGGGCUUUGUAGUAUUGUCUGUGAUAAUAUCUGCAUGCAAGAUUUAGCCCAAUCGACAUUAAUGUGGUAAAUGUACUGGUUUUCUUUCCAGACUAUUCUUUGACAUCUUAUAUGUGAAUGUAUGCAAUUUCUUUGAUCAUUUUGGCCAAAGACAGAUAAUUUGUGUGUACUUGCUCAUAAUGUGACAUCGCACUAGUCUUGGACUCAAUGAGGACAUUUUCACAUAUGUGUACUUGUGUACAUUUAGAAUUCUGAUAUGUUUAGAAUUCAUAUGGUACAAUAUUGUGUUGAUUAUAAUGGUUAAGUGUGUUUUAACACUCAACCUAGCACAUCUACUUGUACUGCAUGCAGGUGAACAUAUUAUGCAGUGGCUGCAAUACUGUAUGAAGUAAUCAGUAUGGUUUAUAUUUUGAUAAUUACAGAUUAUUUUUUAUUGAGGAUAUUCACAAUUUUUGUUGAAUAUUGGUAUAACACUGCUUUACAGUGCAAGUAUCCUACAGUGUUGGUAAAUAAUGUGCUGAUAUUGCUGCAGUUUAAUUAAAAUUCAAGCAUGAAUAAUUCAUGACAAUCUUUUCAAGACGAUUUGUCAUUAAUUUAAGAUGCAUCAUUAACAGGUUAGAUGUUGGAUUGCUUGAUAUUUGCAGUAGAUCUCCAAUAAAUCUGUAGAGACA